AUUAAUUCGCACCAUUUCCACCUAAUAAACCCGUCAGAACCGAAAUGAAGAGAUCUCUCUACCGAUUUAUCCACUUCGGUGGUAGGUAUAUCUGGGCCGUGCAUAUCGGGGGCGUCGUGGCGCCUGCGUCGCGCACCCCGUGAAAAUACCGACGCCAACAAAGAAUUCCCUUUCCUUGUCCUCCCCGAAAGCGCUCUAAUCCCUUCUUCAUUCCUCGUCCUUGUCACACUCCAAGCAGACGCCUUGCUAACACCGACGUCUUAGUGCGUAAACGACGGCCGGAAUGGUAACUUGAUCUAAAACCCGAUCGUGGACCAUAUACAAGGUGUUGGCAAAAAAAUCAGCGAGAGUGAGAGUGCUGAUGAUUUUUGUGGUCUAGAAGUGUGUGGAAGGCCAACGAAAUAGCCAUUCAAUGGGUGCUGUGAGGAGUGAGUAAUAGCCUCAAAGAGGACAAAUUCAAGGUAACACCACGUCUGGUCACCAGUAACAAACUUUCCUCAACCCGAGCCACGAAACUUCCUAUUGAUAAAGAAAAAAAUGUGAGUGUGAUGCUGUGUUCUCGUACAAUGCCCGAGAUAAUGACAGACGCAGCGGCUCCUAGAAGUUGUUCUUCCCCCAGUGUUAUGUAGCAGUGAAUGACGAGUUAGUGGUUGUGGACUGUGUUUUUUUAUGUGAGAAUAUGCCAGGAAUUGUUGUUUUUCGGAGACGAUGGAGUGUUGGAUCGGACGAUUUGGUCGUGCCUGGGGCUUUUCUCUUCACCGUCCACCUGAUUUGGACUGUCAUCUUGACGGUAUUUCUCAGUUUGGCCACAUUUGAAAAUCUAGUACACUGUGAAUUGCAACUGCUGGGUUUGGUUCUGGGCUAUGUGGUAAUUCUAGCACUGUCUAUGGCCAUCGAACUAGCCAUCUGUGUGAUAGCCAUGAAGGGGAGCAUUUUGGACACAGCACCACGUGCUUCCAUGCAGUAUAUUCUUUAUUUUAGAGUAGCUGUAAUGAUCAUUGAAGGAGGUUGGUUGUCAGCUGGUGUGGCUUGGUUUGUUCGCAAUUACUUUACUUGUAAAACCAUCAACCCUAUGAAUCCUAAAGAGACUGUGUUGGGCAUGGUUGUGUGUAACUGGUGCAUACUUUUUUCCGUACUUAUAACCGUAUGGUGUACUUACGACGCAGCUGGGCGUUCGUGGGUGAAAAUGAAACAAUACCAGCGUUCGAUGAGAGAAUCUGAAUCAAAAUUUCAAUACAAGAGGUCAGGCAGUACACGAAAUUGGCGACAACGAAAAGUCCUGCGCGCCUAUCAGGACAGCUGGCAGCAACGGUGCCGUUUCCUCUUCUGUUGUUCUUCAGCCUCGGACCGCAACCGCAACUCAUUCGCCGACAUCGCUCGCCUCCUUUCCGACUUCUUCCGCGACUUGGACGUCGUCCCAUCCGACGUAAUCGCCGGCUUAGUCCUUCUCCGCAAAUUCCAGAAAAUCGAACGCAAGGCCAUCGUAGAGCAGCGCAAAAACGACACCUAUGAGUUCCUUUCCGGCGUCGCUGUGACUCCCCGAACACAGUUUCUCUCGCUGCAGGAAGGUGCCGACCUGGAACUCUUCCAGACUGUUAUUCAUUUUGCUCAUUUUGCCGUCCGCGCUUACGGUUGGCCCAUUUAUGUCAUGACGUCGUCGAUGGGACUUUGUCGGCUGUGCACCGAUUUGCGAUGCUUUUGCUGUUUUCCGUGCCAAAAACCAGACGCGGCCGAAAUUGUUAAGGAUAAUUGCUGUAAAUGUAAUUAUGCGGCGUUGCAGAAACUUACCAGCUUGGGGGACAUUGAGAUUAUUUAUGCGACUUAUCAUGUGGAUGUGGGACAGACGCCGUUCUUUGUGGCGUUGGAUUAUGAUAGGAAAAAGGUUGUGAUUAGUAUUAGGGGCACUUUGAGUAUGAAGGACAUAUUAACAGAUCUGAAUGCCGAAGGUGAAACUUUACCGCUAAACCCGCCACGUGAAGAUUGGCUGGGUCAUAAAGGAAUGGUCCAAGCCGCCCAAUACAUUUUGGAGAAAUUGCAAGAGGAACAACUGAUUGAACGCGCUUUACAACACGCUCCCGAACGUGGAACUCCCGAAUUUCAAAUCGUCAUAGUAGGACAUUCACUAGGUGCUGGUACCGCUAGUAUUUUGGGAAUUCUCUUACGACAGUAUUACGCUUCUUUGAAAUGUUAUUGUUACUCGCCACCUGGUGGCCUUCUCAGUUUACCUGCAGUGGAGUACACCAAAGCCUUCACCGUCUCGGUGGUGGUGGGCAAGGAUGUGGUGCCUAGAAUCGGACUCAACCAAAUGGAAACGCUCAGAGCGGAUCUUAUCAACGCUAUCAAGCGCAGUGUUGAUCCAAAGUGGAAGACCAUCACGUGUAGUAUUGUUUGCUGUGGCUGCUCCCAGCCGACGUCCGCUGUGGAGUUGUCCACUGGUGAAAGCGAUGUGGGGGAGUAUAUGAGGUCGAAACGCACGGCCAGAGGAGGUUUGCAUCCUUCUGAUAGUACCAUAGCUUUGACUUCGCAUCAACCACUGUAUCCUCCUGGACGAAUAAUCCACGUGGUGAGACAUCAUCCAACACGUGGCGAACAAAAGUAUGAAAAAAGAUGGAGGCAAGCAUUGUCAAAGCGCGAACCGGUCUAUCAAGCACUUUGGGCAAACAACACCGAUUUCGAUGAAGUAUUAAUAUCUCCAGUGAUGAUACAGGACCACAUGCCUGAUAAAGUAUUAGAUGCCCUCAACAAGGUACGCUCGCAUCACGCGCAUCAGCCCGAUAUCUACAUGUUCAGUGACCAGGUUGUAACAACCCUCGGCCCCCGAAAACCGCAACGCUCCUCCUCCGGCAACCCCCAGAAGUGCUGGGAGGAGGACGGUCUUCUCUCCAACCUCAGUCCCACGCCUCCACACCGCGUGUACCUGGAGACCAGCUUCACCUCCUUGCAGAGUCCCAGUGGCGCGUCUUCACUCACCAACGGCUUCUACUCCACCAGGAGCAACCCCUCCCCCAUCUUCCCCAUCACCAAAAGCCUCAGUCUGACUCUCAAGCGCCAAACACCAAGUCCAGCCCUGCAGCUCGACCUCAUCCACGACGACUGGUUCGGACUCGCACCGCUGGCAAGUCCCGAGAGCCUGUCGGAGGUGUCGAGCAUCAGCAGUGUCCUGGUCACCCAGACGACCGUCUGCGAGAUCAACACGCCCAAGAUCAUGAGACGGACGCCGAAAAUCAUCGGCAGUCUGAGCACAUGUGCUGAUGAUAUCCGGAAUGUGAGGAACUUCCAAAAGGCGGAGGUUUUCCUGAGGUGUGGGAACGGCAGUCCGGCCACAAACUCCAGCAGUAAUUUGAGCUAUGAGUCGGCGACGAACGAGCCGGAGUUGAAAUGCUGUGAAAGUGACGAGUUUCAAUCAGCUGAGGAUAUCCUGGAUAAUGUUCUAGCCAGUGCCGGGUGCAGGGAUUUUUUUAACAAUAAUGAGGGGUUUUUGGAAACGCAUUUUGACUUGUUUGAAGAAAAUGCCAAGACGAGCAAAUUUGUCCAGUCUCCGUCCACACCACAGGACAUGGAUCCCGACAUAAUCUCCAACUUCGCCAUCGACCUCAACUUGGACUCUGAGCACCGUUCCCUCCAGUUCGUCACCCGAAGCACGGAAACCUCCAAGCCGAACAGUGUCGACUCUGGUAGCGUUUGUCGCACCCCAUCCGACACGAAAAACGUGACAUUCAACCCCCAGGUCAUCAAUAUCGACAGCACGUUGGUUUCGACCGCCUACAGCUCGCCUCGCCGACACUGGCACCUAUUCAAGGGCCGCAAGCACAAAAGUGGCGCAGAAACGCGUGUCACUUCCCCCGACACCUCGCCCCCGGUCCCCAAAACCAUCCUGUGCGUGAAAAGACGCAACAGUGAGGAAGAGUGCUUUUCCCGGACCGAGGCUUUGCCGCUGUUGAGCGGACUCGGCGUUAACAGUGAACGGACGUCUCCGAAUUUCGUCAGACGGAAGAAGUAUGUCUAUCCGGUUGAAAUGACGAUCAAAGGGGAGAGUAGUGUGUAGUGCCUCUGUACCCGUUUUCUGGUGUUCUUACUUAGGCCAGGAUUCUUAAGGUAAGAGUUUUGGUCUAACUUCCCGACCAAACCGAUUUUCCAAACGCCUUUGAGGAUUGAUUUUUGUUCAGACGAAGCCUAAUGUCUGUGAACACAUGUAUUCAUACCCGGGAACUAGUAGGGUCCAAGAAUGUACAGUAGACUACAAAAUGUACAAGAUGUGUAUUUAAUUAUUAAAUUUAAAUAUAACGUUACAAUUUU